AUGGGCCAAGGCUACUCCCUCACAACCCUGUCGGCGGGGUCGGCAGGGAUCGACGUACCGGAGCUUUCGGAUCUGGUAUAUGAGAAGUCGAUGGGUGGGGGCAGGUUCAUGAAGAGUAUCCGUGCUAGGCAGCAAAAUGGUCUAGUUUUCGUCAAGGUCAUCAUGAAGCCUUAUCCAACGAUGCAACUGGAACCUACUCGCCCCUUUCUAGAGGAUAUUGAGAAGAAAUGGAUCGCAUUCCAGCUCCUUUGCGCUCUGCGAGAUUCUCACUCCUUGGAUGUCUUCCACGGUGACAUCAAGACAGAAAAUGUUCUGGUAACAUCGUGGAACUGGCUCUACCUAUCUGAUUACUCUUCCUCAUUCAAACCGACAUUCCUCCCAGAGGAUAACCCUGCAGACUUUUCGUUCUACUUUGAUAUCUCCGGGCGGAGAACGUGCUACCUCGCCCCGGAGCGAUUUCUAGUGGCCGGUGAGGAACCGGGCAGCCGUCAUGUCAAUUGGGCAAUGGACAUCUUCAGCGCGGGCUGCGUGAUCGCAGAACUUUUCCUGGAGUCUCCGAUCUUUACCCUCAGUCAAAUGUACAAGUAUCGGAAAGGCGAAUAUAGCCCAGAGCACAGCCAGCUGGUGAAGAUUGAAGAUCCUGAAAUUCGGGAGCUAAUCCUUCACAUGAUUCAGCUGGAGCCAGAGUCUCGUUACUCUGCUGAGGAAUACCUCAAUUUCUGGAAGAACAAGGCCUUUCCGGAGUAUUUCUACAGCUUCCUUCACCAGUACAUGUCUCUCAUGACCGAUCCAUCUUCUGGGAGAACCAAGGUCGAUGCGGAAUCAAAUAAUCGAGGGGAAACGGAUGAUCGCAUUGAAAGAGUCUGCUUGGACUUUGACAAGAUAUCCUACUUUCUUGGGAUUCCACCUCGAGCUUCGGCAAGCGGUCCAUCUGGCACGGAUGCAGCUUCCCGUCUCACGGGCAACACCCUCCCGGUGAAACUCGAUUUACCCGAUGGUGAUGGCGACGGAACCCAAACAAUAACAACGUCUCCUCGGUUGCAGUCAGAUGAAGGUGUUUUGAUCUUCUUGAGUCUGGUCGUUUCCAAUCUCCGGACAACAUCCAAGGCCUCGGCUCGUAUCAAAGCCUGCGAUAUCCUCCUUGCCUUUGCGGAGAGACUCUCGGAUGAGGCAAAGCUCGACCGAGUUCUUCCUUACAUCAUGAUUCUCCUAGCAGACCGUACCGAUACUGUCAAGGUUGCGGCAAUUCGCACACUGACUCAAUUACUGGAGAUGGUCAAUGUAGUUUCUCCGGUAAACGCCUAUUUGUUCCCAGAAUACAUUUUCCCCCGGCUGCAGCCAUUCAUCAUAUCCUCCAAGAGCAAUCCAAGCCCCAUUGUUCGGGCUGCGUAUGCCUCCUGUAUUGCGUCACUAGCGCAGUCCUCUUUGAGGUUCCUGGACAUGAUUCAAGCGUUGCGGUCGGAUACUCGCUUGACUUCGCUGAUACCCGUUGGCUUCGAGCCGCGAUGGACGGAGGACGCAACUUAUCACAAUCUCUACGAUGUGGCUCGAAUUGACCUUCUAGAAUACUUUGAGGUGCAUACCAAGGCGCUUUUGACAGAUACAGAUGCAUCCGUUCGCCGUGCCUUUUUGGGAUCUGUUUCCAGUCUAUGCGUGUUCUUCGGGAAUUUCAAGGCCAACGAGGUUAUUCUGAGUCACUUGAACACUUAUCUGAAUGAUCGAGAUUGGAUCUUGAAGUGCGCUUUCUUUGAGGCCGUGGUUGGUGUUGCCGCAUAUGUUGGAAGUACCAGCCUAGAGCAGUAUAUCCUUCCUCUCAUGAUUCAAUCUAUGACGGAACCCGAAGAAUUCGUCGUGGAAAAGGUGAUUCGCUCUCUUGCGGCCAUGGCUGAUCUCGGACUGUUCCAGCGAUCAACAACCUGGGACCUUCUUCAUAUAACCAUUGGGUUCCUGGUUCAUCCAAACAUUUGGAUCCGUGAGGCGGCAGUAAAUCUUGUGGUCAAGUCGACCAAGUUCUUGUCGGUCGCGGAUAUUUAUUCUAUCCUCACUCCUCUCAUUCGGCCAUUCCUCAAGGUCAAAAUUGUGGGCUUCUCUGAGGCAGAGCUUCUUGACGCUCUAAAACGACCCAUGGCACGGAAUAUCUAUGAAAUGGUCUUCCUCUGGGCUUCUAAAACGGACAAGGGUAUAUUCUGGAAAUCCGCGAGUCGAGAUGCGUUCAGUCUCUCGGAACCUGGCAGUCAGGGCUCUCAUCUAGGUCGAAGUGUCGGUUUGUCUAUGAGCUCGCAGUCCAAGAAUGAGGAAGAUGAGCAAUGGCUCUCAAGGUUGCGAAAUCUUGGGAUGACGCCAGAAGAUGAGUUCAAGAUUCUGGCGCUCAGGGACUACAUAUGCAGAGUCUCACUUCGACAAUCAAGAGACGUUGACACGGAGACCACGUUGCCUCUAGGUGAAAUCAUCAGUCUCUCGCAGCAAGGCGUCACGCCUCAGACUGUCUUCUUCGACAAGAAUCUGAAUGAGAAGUCACGUAAUACGUCUCUAGAAAGGAACUCUAGUCGCACCCGCACUCUUGAUGACCAGAGACCGCGAACUAUUGCAGACGCGCUACUUGAUGCCUCUACCACAAUUGAACGAUCACCAUCUACUCAUCGCAAACAUAUUCGCACUCGAAGCCAGCUCCAUAAAGGAAUUGAAGUACCACAGCCGCGAAACAUUACAGUUGAAUCAUCCUCGUCUUCCCCUGCAGCAUCAUCUCCUGCUGCAGCUCCUGGGUCGCGGCCAAUGUCGCCACCCGGCUCGGAUAUCGAGCGGCAGUUCAUUCCUCCGGAUCGCAGACUAAGUACCGGUCAAGAGAGCUCAUCAACAACCCCUACUAAUGCCGACACCUUAUCGUUGAGAGGCCUACCGGUGCAGCGCAAGUCUAGUGCCAUUAAUUUGCUGAAUCGUAAUGAGACUGCAAAGGCAUAUGCAGAAACCAGCACGAGCUCUGCAAAUGCAUUCGGGAAAGUAGAUGCCCCAGUUCAGAGAGGCGGAACCCCCCAGCCCUCUGCUCUCUCCCAUGCAUACGACCGUAAGCCAACCCAGGCCGUUGCGGCAUCACGACGAUAUCGUGCCAAUCAUUCCUACACUGGUGACGAUCCGGUGGUGCUGCGACUGUUGGACAACGUUUUUGCGGAGAACUAUCCUACAGACUUGUUUGACUUGGGACCUUACGUCAAAGAACUCGAUUCUCGACAGCCGAUUCCCAAAUCUAAUGCCCAGAAUAUCCACAAACUUUGGAAGCCCGAGGGCAAUCUGGUCGCUACUUUCGGCGAACACAGUGGGCCCAUCAACCGCAUUGCCGUGCCCCCAGAUCAUUCAUUCUUUGUGACUGCCUCUGAUGACAGUACAGUCAAGAUCUGGGACACUAUCCGGCUGGAACGAAAUUUGACCCCUCGAUCCCGUCAAACUCAUCGCCAUUCAGCAGGUGCGCGUGUCAAGUCGCUGACUUUUGUUGAGAAUACGUACACAUUCGUCAGCGGUGCUACUGAUGGUAGCAUCCACGCUGUCAGAAUUGACUAUCAAAAGGUCAACGAAACUGCUCGGUAUGGCAAGCUUCAACUUGUCCGUGAGUAUCAGCUACCUGUCGCCGAAAAUGGGUUACAAGAGUAUGCGGUUUGGAUGGAGCAUUUCAGAGACGAAGGCCAGUCGACGCUUCUGGUCGCCACGAAUACAUCCCGCAUUCUGGCAUUGGAUAUGAAGACCAUGCUGCCAAUUUUCACCCUGGAAAAUCCCGUCCAUCAUGGAACUCCGACCACUUUUUGCUGCGACCGGCGCCAUACUUGGCUUCUCGUCGGGACCACUCAUGGAGUUCUCGAUUUGUGGGACUUGCGGUUCCGUGUACGACUGAAAGCUUGGGGUCUACCAGGUUGGGGCUAUAUCCACCGAGUUCAGUUACAUCCCAUCAAGUCACGCGGUCGCUGGGUUUGUGUGUCUAGCAGUGGAAGUCACGGAAAUGAAAUCACCGUGUGGGAUAUUGAAAAGUUCCGCUGUCGCGAAGUCUACCAAGCGGCACCACUGAAUUCCAGCGAUAGUGCUACUGCCAACGGCGGGGCCACCACUAGUCAUCACCGGAGCUCCCGGGCUGCCGCUACUGGCCGGGCACACCGUCCUAACAUAAGAGAUUUCGAGGCUUGGCCCGUCGACGAGGACCGACCGGAGGGCAUGCUUAGCCGUUUUGCUACAACCAGCCCCGCGGCAGCUGGUUUAGAUGCCGGGUCUGGCAAUAACGGCUCAGCGGCAUCACCCACGAACCUCGCCGGGGACAGAAUGGGCACGUUGGCAUUCAUAGGAGGUCUGAAUACUCCUGAUGAUGACAAGGCUGCCAGCAGCAACAGCAAACUCGGGUUCAUUGUCUCGGCUGGAAGCGACCGACGAAUACGGUUCUGGGAUCUUGCUAAUCCGGCGGGUUCUAUGAUUGUCAGUGGGUUAGAUGCCGUUUCAAACGGCAAUGCCGCGAGCAAGCCACAGUACGAGAGCUCUCAACCUGGACCCAACCUCUCCAUGGUCACGGAACAUAUGCCCCGCUCUUCAACCCAUGAUGGCACCGCCGCGGCUGGCUCAAAGAAGGGAGCUAGCCCGCGACCACCCCGCAGCACCGUGAUUAGUCUCCAGCAGCAGAUGCUUCUCAAGAGUCAUCUAGAUAUCAUUCAGGAUGUCGCGGUGCUGCGUCAGCCGUACGGGAUGAUCGUUAGUGUUGACCGGGCGGGCAUGGUGUACGUCUUUAAGUAG